AUGCUUUCGCUUCGACAUUCUUUGGAUGCUGAAACACAGUCUCUUCUACGGAAGGCAUGUGAUGAGAAGAGGAGCUACCUCAUGCAGCACAUUGAUCGCCUAGUUAUGAACACCGAUCCAACGACAAUUUGGAGUGGUAUAGUUAAAUAUCGGUAUCGAACUUUCAAUACGAAUGACGAAACGGUUGAGUCUUAUAACGAACUCCAACUUAGCUACGAGGGCUAUCGGAACAUGGUGUACGAAGUUAUUUUCCAUGUUACUCCAGAGGAGGAUUCAGAAGCAUCGCAAAAGGUAAAAGAUGAGAGAAGAUGCCUCUUCUUUGCGCACCCGUUUCUAUCUCCUGCUGUUUUUCUUGCUUUCAAACGAUCGGAUAAGGAAACAGUGCCUGCGGUACCACUUUACGCGUUUGCAGCAAAGCGUCUUCUUUUGUUUCGACUACGUGUCGAGCUUGAGCUUGUGGCUUCUGUACCGCCACCGUUUUUGCGUCUCAGAUCUGCAAUUCCCGCUAGACAAUUAUCAUGCUCAGCGAGUCGUUCAUCACCACUAUCCAACGGUCUUACGGAGGAGGAUCUUGAGAACUUUAUUGGUAAACUAAUCCCCCAUCUGAAGCUAGUUCGUGAUAUGCCGCCAUGGAUGCGGUCAUACUACUUAUGCCAUGCAUCACGGAAGUUUAUGUUCAUGUGUGAUCCACACAAUGUGGGUUCUAUUUCUAUAGAUACCGUCAUGAAGAGCGACGUUUUUUCAGAAAUGCUGCGUUUGUUUGAGAGCAACCCAAAGGAUGCGGUCUUACCAUACCCUGUCGGAUGCGCGGUCGAGGUUUCAGCGAAUCUCGUCAAGGCUGACCUGGCCUUAGCUGUCAACACUGACGACACGGUACCCGCCAUUGUAGUCUUGUUUGAAAAUGAAGGUUCUGAUAUCAGGGACAAAUACACAGUCCGAAUCCUAGACUCUGAUAUAGUCCUUGAUGUUCCUCGAGGGGAAAUUUUUUUUAGCUAUGCUUCCGCCGACUAUUAUUCUCAUGAAGUGUUGAGCAUGGACAACUGGUUUUCGUUUCCACUGAUGUGCCGCAUUUACGAACACUUCACAGCGCUUGACAAAGAUGAAGAUGGGGUACUAACGAUGGAGGAGAUCAGCCACUAUAGCAACGACAGCUUCACACACCUCGCUAUCAAGCGCGUGUUUGAAUGCCACGUCCCACACACCGGUGAGCGUCACGUUAUGGACUACAAAACGUAUCUAAAUUUUGUGAUCGCGACGGAGCAUGCGGCAACGCGGGCGGCUAUGAAAUAUAUAUGGAAAAUACUGGACCUCGAUGGCACGUCAUCUUACAUUCGUGUUACCACCUUGCAUUGCUUCUGCAAAGAGAUUGCAAAUGAACUCGUUCAAAGCGGUCUCAUGGUAGACAUCUCGGGGCACUUGAUUCUGUCCGAGAUCGUGGACAUGAUUAACCCCAAGUGGCAUGAAUGGGUCACAUUAGAGGAUAUUGAAAAAUCUGCACAGCAGGCUACGGUCUUGCCAAUUCUUUUGAGCUACCGAAAUUUUUUUGCCUAUGAUUCUCGAGAACACAUCGCAGCAACAACAGCAGAUGAGUAUUUAGAGUUUCCGGAUACGGAUGGGUGA